AUGGCAAUUCACAAUAUUUCUGAAGGCAUUGCAAUAAGUUUAUCUCUUGUACCACGUCGACUCAGUGUUUUAUAUGCUGUGCUAUGGUGUAUUGUAUCAAGUGCACCACAGCCAAUCUUUGGUGUACCUGCGUUUUUGUUCGUUGAGCAAUGGCUUCCAAUUCUUCCAUGUGGUUUGGGUUUUGCUGGUGGUGCCAUGGCAUAUGUAGCAGUGCAAGAAUUGCUUCCUGAGUCGCUUGAAGAUACGAAAUCUUUGUUUACAACGAUUUCAGCUACCGCCUUUGCUUUUCUAGUGUUUCUUACAGUUCAGAUUGUGCUGAGUGGCACUAUUUAG